AUGUUCGGCCGGGCGAAACAGAAACUGCUGCGGUUCGAAGUGAUGGGUGUCGGCGGGGAAGGCGCGGAUCGUCGGAAGUCGUCGGCUAUCGGUGGAGGGGUCGCUCGACUUGGUGCCCCGGAACUCGGUGUCACUCGCUCACGUUUCGAGUACUUUCGCCGCGAGCGCCACUUCAAAGUCGACGACGACGUGAUGAGGACCAAUAAGCUGAUCAUCCGCCUUGACAAGCUGAUCACCGAUACCCCAGAAGACCCGGCUAAACGAAAAGGUAUCCUUCAAAGUACGUGGAUCCUUUGCAGUCGCUACGAUGCACGUGAUUUUCGACUUCACUCGUUUGACCUCUAG